UGCCUACAGUCUUCUAAAAAAAUCUUUCUUUUUGGGUAUUCUAUUACUUCUUGCUGCUUUCAGCAAUGGACGCUUUGGGCGGAGGCCUUGGCGGGCUAUGGGGCUUAAACUCCCCCUUCCGGAAAAGAGCUGAUACCGGAUCCAAAUCCAAUUCCAAAUCCUCCGAUUCCGUCGAGGCGACUGGCAGAGCCGGUUACCGCUUCCCAUUGAAGCAAGCCGUCACGGCUGGCUCACUCGCUCUCGCCGGCGACACUAUUGCUCAGCUCAGUGAGCGUUGGAGGAAAGGAAAAGCGCUGAACCAGAACUCUGUCUCUGAUUCCCAUGGCUUCACAAAGGAUGCAAUGUCGACUCUCCUUUCAGACCACGAUUGGCUCCGUGCCCUGCGGAUGAUUUCCUAUGGGUUUCUUUUCUAUGGCCCUGGUUCUUAUGCAUGGUACCAGUACCUAGACCAUUGUAUGCCAAAGCAAACGGUGGAGAAUGUAAUGCUGAAGGUUCUAUUAAACCAAAUUGUGCUUGGUCCAUCUGUGAUUGCUGUUGUUUUUGCAUGGAACAACUUGUGGCAGGGGAAGUUCUUACAACUGCCGGAAAAGUACCAGAAAGAUGCUCUUCCGACAUUACUUUACGGAUUUAGAUUCUGGAUCCCUGUCAGUGCAUUGAAUUUCUGGGUGGUGCCACUUCAAGCCCGCGUAGCUUUCAUGUCCAUGGGCUCCAUCUUCUGGAACUUCUGUUUGUCUUCAACUAUGAGCAAGUAACUCAUUUACAUGAGUUCAGUUAAUGACUUGGUACCAGCAUGUGGAGUUUUGAGCACGAGGUUAAUUUGUGGGCUGAAAUAGGAUCUAGUUAAGAGCACUGGAAAUUGGGAGCGGUGAUUUUAAUAUUUUUUUCAUUUUACUUGGUUGGCAACACAUUCUCAUCAAAUUUUCUUAUCAAUUCUGUCCUCGUGAAUUCGUUUGGCUCUAGAACCACAAACACAGGGUUUUUGCUCAUGAUUGUGUUGGUACAUUUACUGAAAUACGUGUAACUGCUGUGUUCAUUUAUUUAUGUGCCCAUUUCCCAUUCUUUUGUG